AGGGCAGUGCAGUUUUUCAUUAACGCGAAGCACAUAUCAGUAAUGCGGUGCAAUUUAGGUUUGACAUAAAUAUGUGAAAGGAAAACAUUUUGUGUCUGCGAUUCAAGGUACACAGAAUAUGGGCCUAAACGCAGCUGUACAAGCUUUAAAGAAAGCAGAACCGUUAAAGGAUAAAGUACAACGUUGCAGAGAUCUUUUAAAUGACAGUGACGCAUGGGUUUGUCAGCAGCAGCUGCAGAAAAUAUACCAGCAAGUUCUCAUAUUGGACCUGGAAUAUGCUCUGGAUAGGAAAGUUGAACAAGAACUUUGGAACCUUGGAUUUAAAAACUAUAUAGCAACUCUGCAGUCUCAAGCAAAGGAUAGGAAGAAUCCUAAACGUGGAGAAUCCCAGGCUUUACUUAGUUCAUGUUUGGCGGCAGCGAGUGGUUUCUAUUUGACAUUAUUACAGGAAAUUUGUACCGCGUUUGACCUAGAUUUACCAUUCAGAAGGAAGGGUUACAUUUAUGGAUGUACAUCGCCAUGGAAGGCUAUCGAAAAGUUAUCAGUGCCUCACAAAUCUUCGUGUUUUUACGCGUGCCAAUAUUGCCUUGUGCACUUAGGAGACAUCGCUCGUUAUAGAAAUGAGAGUAAGCAAGCGGAAUUGUUCUACAGGCAUGCGGUAUCGUUGUCACCAUCCAGUGGACAACCGUAUAAUCAGUUAGCCCUUCUUGAAGCAUCUCGUGGUAACAAAUUGGCAACUGUAUUUCACUAUACACGGUCUGUUGCUGUAAAACAUCCGUUUCCCGUUGCCACAACGAAUUUGGCAAAAACGUUAUCUUCUGCUUUAAAUGAUACAUCGCUAAAUAUAGAGGGAAAAACAAAAUUAACUUCUCAAGAAUAUAUAGCAGUCUUCUUAAAGCUUCAUGGCGUUAUUCAUAAUGUUGGAGAUUUAAAGAUCGCUUCUACGUAUGCGAAGUUACUAACUGAAACAUUAACAGCUUUAGUUGCAACAGAAAGUUUUAGCUCUUGGAUGCUUGUUCAAAUGUUUGUAAUUAAUUUGUACGCGUUGGAACAUACAACGAGUGUUGUUGUGGGUAGCACUGAAGCAUUAAAGAAUGAACAGUUAACGCCCGAUGAGAAAAUUGCUCGUGAUUGCAUUUUGGACCUUAUAGCUGGAAGUCUGGCUGCUCUGUUAUUACCUGUCUAUACGAUCAAAAAUUCUAUUAUCGAAUAUUUCGCUUUGCCUUCUAUAAAACUGUGCCUUGAUUGGAUUCAUACGAAACCCACAGUUUUGGAGGAAAUAGCCUUUACGUCGAGGCUUCAAAUCUGGCCCAGCCUAUGCGUAUUGUUGAACGCUUUGCAGAAUUGUGUGGCCGAUUUCACAUAUGAUCAAUACGUUAAAGUACCACUGCCAGAGGAUCGUGAUCUACAAGGAUUUUUACCUUUGGAAAAAAGUUUCGAGUGUUUAAAAUUUACGAGUACCGAUUUGGAAGAUAACAUCGAGGCUUCGAAUAAGUUACGCGCCGUUCGUAUACUUCGUUUAGGUCAUUGUUUAGCACAAUACAGGAUCAACGGUGCAGCAUUGAUUGCUAUUACAUCAGGAGAGGAAAAGGGUGAUAACAGAUUCAGUUCUAUAAGCGAAGGAAACGGACUGAGUAACGAAUUGAUGAAAGAGUUAGAGGAGCUCAGUUUAAAUAGAGAUAGACAAUCUGCUGUAUCGACUAGUCCAGUUCUUUCGGAGUCUGCCAGUAGUAAAGGUUCUACCGAUGUCGAUGUAUUGGAUCACGCUCUGGACAAAAGGAUAGGCAUUUUGAAACCUCAAGGUUCGUUAGAACGAAGUAAAGAUGCAAUAGUAGUUGCGGCUACUACUACCAUGGUAGAAUGCAACAGUUUCGAAAGUAACGCGUCGUUACCCACAACCAGAAAGCCAAGGCAAAACAUAGCGAUGCAAACGAUAAUGCGACGCGCCGAAACAGAACAAAAGCAAGUUACGUUUAAAAAUCUGUCUCCGUUAAACGUAGAAGAAGAAAAUGAGAAAAAGGGUAAAGUAAAUUCAUCGACGUCUCCGACGAAAAGUAUACAACCGAACAGCGGGAACAAAAGUGUACCGAUUGUUGGAGAAAUAUCGAAACUGAACAAUGUUCCUAACGCGCCUACUAAUACACCGAUAACCGUUCAGAACCGAUUACCGUUGAUGCCUUUCGCUACGACUGCUGUACAAAGUCAAAUCGUUUCUGUUCAAAACCAAAUGAAAACCGCAAAAUUACAACAUCCUGUGUCACAGUCGCCUCAAAUUAACCACCUUCCUACGAAAGAGCAACAAACUUCUGGAAUUCUAACGCCAAUAUCUGGAAUAUCUCAAUGCGUAGGAACUAUCUGUUAUCAAAAUCCAACGUUUAACGUACAAAACCCGCAAUUUACGAAAAAUUAUAUGACGAAUCAUGUUGGAAAUAUAUCGAAUUAUCCGAUUCAAGGACACUUUACUAGUUCCACGCAACAAUCGAUGCAACCGCAGAAUAUAAAUUUGCAACACGCACCCAGUCAAAAUAGGUCUAUACAUCAGAGAACACCAACUCAUAAUUUACCCCCAAAUUCAUUGUUACAUCAAAACCUUGGGAUUUCACCGUCAACUCAACAGAACGUUGUACCAAAUACUUCGCAAAAUAUUGGCGGUACUCAACAGGCUGGGAAUAUUGCUUUGCAACAAAGUCAUAGUUUGAACAUUCAACAGAGCCAUAGCUUGGUUGGUGUGCAACAACAAAAUCUUGCAAAAACUGGCCUUAGACCAAGCGCGAUAUCAUUACAGAAUCAGGUUACCUUAACUAGUUCAACCAUGGCGAAUGUUUCUACUUUGUCAACGUUGAAUACAUAUCAGAAGAAACUUCACCAAGCUGCGUCCAUGAUGCCAAAUGUGUCCAAUGUGCCGGGUAAUUCGUUGAACCCGACAACUACGUCGAAUUUUCAGUUCAAUUUCAACCAAAGUGACUUUAAUCAAAAUGCCUUUGGUCAAAUACCACAGAAACAACUGUCAUCGUCAGUGUAUAAUAAAAGUUCGGACGUUUUAGAAUUUUCGUUACCCAAUCACGUGGGCAUGCCGAAAAAUCAAACACAGCCAACAAACAAUUAUCCGCUUUUCCAAAAUUACGAAACCACGAAUUUCAAUUUGUGGAAAGAUAGUCAGCAUUCGCAGCUUUCCAUACCUUGCUGGGGUUCAACCAGCGGAGGUAUGCAAUUGCAUGGAGAAGAUGCAUCUGUCAUGGAAAACUAUCAUAAUUGGGAGGAUUCUUCGAAUCCUGGAAGUAUGAUCCCACAAGUUCCAUUGAGAACUUCUAACAACUAUCCAUCAGAUUCUCAACAUAUUAAACAUUUUGGCAGUGGAAGUAAUUUCGAAAAUUCUCGAUCAUUAGACGUAGACGUAAAAUCGAAUCAAUCGAUCAACACAGGAAACACUUAUUCCCUAUUUAGCAGUAACAAUACAUGGGGAUCAAGUUCACAAAGUAGUAAUGUGUCAAAUCAGGAUCAAACAAAGACUCAGCUUAGUCAACAAUCUUUAUGGUUUGGACCUGGACCAUCUCCCUUGGAACGGCUUUUGGAACAGCAAAAAUCAUUACGCGAAGGAGGUACCUGAAGGAAAGCAAUAUAGAUUAUGUCGAAAUAUAUUGAAAACAGAUGUAUCCAAUUUGUGGAUUCAACACUAACUAACGGGAUCUAGUGAAACGUACUACAAUAAAUUCCACCGAUCGUUCGACGAAAACGUUAAAUUUGUUAUAAAGCAACAGUUAGUGAGAGAUUUCGUAGACGUUUAGAUGUUCGUUAUGUAAAACGAACAAUACAUACGUCCAAGGCGUUAUGAAAUACGCUAUAUAAAAACACAUAGCUGUUAAUUACUUACAUUAAUUGUUACGCGCAUGAUAGAAAACAAAGUUAUUCUGAUAGAAAAUAUUGC